CCCGACCCGGCCCAUUUCUAUGAAGUAGAACGGGUCAAACAUUCCGUUUAAAUCGUUAAAUCUGCUCUUAUAAAUCAGUCAGGGUAUCAAGCUCUGAAGGGCUCUAAUGGCGUCUGGCACAGAGAGUGAUGAAGCCUCUGACACCCAAGAAAUUUACAAAGACCCAGAUGAUGGGAGGCAGCGAUUCUUGCUUGAAUUGGAGUUCAUACAAUGCCUCGCUAAUCCCACUUAUAUCCACUAUUUGGCUCAAAAUCGGUACUUUGAAGAUGAGGCCUUCAUUGGGUACUUGAAGUAUCUUCAGUACUGGCAGCGUCCUGAGUACACUAAGUUCAUAAUGUACCCUCAUUGCUUGUUUUUCCUUGAGCAACUCCAAAAUGCAAACUUUCGCAACGCAAUGGCACAUCCUGCCAACAAGGAAUUGGCGCAUAGGCAGCAAUUCUACUUCUGGAAAAACUAUAGGCACAACCGUUUGAAACACAUAUUACCGAGACCUCUUCCUGAACCUGAAGCUGCACCCCCUGCUUCUGCUCCGCCUCAGCUAGCAUUGCCUCCUGUUCCACCUGUGCCAGCUGCCACCAUUUCUGCUACAGCAACUGUUCCUGCCCUCCCCCCUAUGCAGUAUGCUAAUGCCCCUGGAUCUUCUCUUGCAAAAAAAGAUGCAAGGAAUAGUGCAGUUGAUCGAAGAAAGAGAAAGAAAGAAGGCUAACUUGACAUAUCAUACAUACUAACAGCAAUGGAAAAUAUAUCAGUUGAGGAGGAUUGUCAAGAACUGAAAAAAGACAGAAACAAGAUUCCAACUCUCACUGACAUUAUCGUCCUAGGAUCUUCGGGACUGUCUCAGACAUUUUGAGUGGACAUUGAAAUUCAGUUAGAUUUGACAAUGUCAUGGACUUUUGAAGUUCAGAUAGUUGUCAUUGUACUUGCAUUUUACCCUCUUGAAUAGUCUGUUGAUGGUAUAGGGAGGGGAAAUGUGUGUUAGACAAUUUAUGUCUUCUCUUGACAGAUUGGAGUAACUUAAUGGCCUAUUUUCAGAAUGUGGUUAACAACAAUUUGUUUAUGAGUAGUAUUCUGAUGGUUUGUUUUAGUUUAGUUGAAUGAUUUGUACUGUCGUGGCAUUUAUUGUUGUUGGCCUUGAAAGUCCUA